GCGGCCCCGCCAGGACCGGAGCGGAGCCCGGGGGCGGCGGGCCGGAGCCGAGGACGCGGGCGCCCGCCCGCCCGCACAAGCCACGGCGGACUCUCCAGAGGCGGAAUCGCCGAGCCCAGUGAGAGUCAGCUCACCAACGAGGAUCAAGCCCACAGCAGCGUCUCCAUGGAGGUGUGGAGCCUGGUCACCAACCUCUAACCGCAGAACUGGGAUGUGCAGCUGGAAGUGCCUCCUCUUCUGGGCUGUGCUGGUCACAGCCACGCUCUGCACGGCCAGGCCGGCUCCGACCUCGCCGGAACAAGCUCAGCCCUGGGGAGCCCCCGUGGAAGUGGAGUCCUUCCUGGUCCACCCCGGUGACCUGCUGCAGCUCCGCUGUCGGCUGCGGGACGAUGUUCAGAGCAUCAACUGGCUGCGGGACGGGGUGCAGCUGGUGGAAAGCAACCGCACCCGCAUCACAGGGGAGGAGGUGGAGGUGCGGGACUCCGUGCCCUCCGACUCCGGCCUCUACGCCUGUGUGACCAGCAGCCCCUCGGGCAGCGACACCACCUACUUCUCCGUCAACGUCUCAGAUGCUCUCCCCUCUUCGGAGGAUGACGAUGACGAUGAUGACUCCUCCUCAGAGGAGAAAGAGACAGAUAACACCAAACCAAACCGUAUGCCCGUGGCUCCGUACUGGACAUCCCCAGAGAAGAUGGAAAAGAAAUUGCAUGCGGUGCCAGCUGCCAAGACAGUGAAGUUCAAGUGCCCCUCCAGUGGGACUCCUAACCCCACCUUGCGCUGGCUGAAAAAUGGCAAAGAAUUCAAGCCUGACCACAGAAUCGGAGGCUACAAGGUCCGUUAUGCCACCUGGAGCAUCAUCAUGGACUCCGUGGUGCCCUCCGACAAGGGCAACUACACCUGCGUCGUGGAGAACGAGUAUGGCAGCAUCAACCACACCUACCAGCUUGACGUUGUGGAGCGGUCCCCUCACCGGCCCAUCCUGCAGGCAGGGUUGCCAGCCAACAAGACAGUGGCCCUGGGCAGCAAUGUGGAAUUCAUGUGCAAGGUGUACAGUGACCCACAGCCCCACAUCCAGUGGCUAAAGCACAUCGAGGUGAAUGGGAGUAAGAUUGGUCCGGACAACCUACCUUAUGUCCAGAUCUUGAAGACUGCCGGCGUUAAUACCACCGACAAAGAGAUGGAGGUGCUCCACUUAAGGAAUGUCUCCUUUGAGGACGCGGGGGAGUAUACAUGCUUGGCGGGUAACUCUAUCGGACUCUCCCAUCACUCUGCAUGGUUGACCGUUCUGGAAGCCCUGGAAGAGCGCCCGGCGGUGAUGACCUCGCCCUUGUACCUGGAGAUCAUCAUCUACUGCACAGGGGCCUUCCUCAUCUCCUGCAUGGUGGGGUCUGUCAUCAUCUACAAGAUGAAGAGUGGCACCAAGAAGAGUGACUUCCACAGCCAGAUGGCCGUGCACAAGCUGGCCAAGAGCAUCCCUCUGCGCAGACAGGUGUCGGCUGACUCCAGUGCCUCCAUGAACUCCGGGGUCCUACUGGUUCGGCCGUCGCGUCUCUCCUCCAGUGGGACCCCCAUGCUGGCUGGGGUCUCCGAAUACGAGCUUCCUGAAGACCCUCGCUGGGAGCUGCCUCGGGACAGGCUGGUUUUAGGCAAACCCCUGGGAGAGGGCUGCUUUGGGCAGGUGGUGUUGGCAGAGGCCAUUGGGCUGGACAAGGACAAGCCCAACCGUGUGACCAAAGUGGCUGUGAAGAUGCUGAAGUCGGAUGCAACAGAGAAAGACCUGUCAGACCUGAUCUCUGAGAUGGAGAUGAUGAAGAUGAUUGGGAAGCACAAGAACAUCAUCAACCUGCUGGGGGCCUGCACGCAGGACGGACCUCUAUAUGUCAUUGUGGAGUAUGCCUCCAAGGGCAACCUCCGUGAGUACCUGCAGGCCCGGAGGCCACCUGGGCUGGAAUACUGCUACAACCCCAGCCACAACCCGGAGGAGCAGCUCUCCUCCAAGGACCUGGUCUCCUGUGCCUAUCAGGUGGCUCGAGGCAUGGAGUACCUCGCUUCCAAGAAGUGCAUACACCGAGACCUGGCCGCCAGGAACGUCCUGGUGACGGACAACGUGAUGAAGAUCGCAGACUUUGGCCUUGCCCGGGACAUCCACCACAUUGACUACUACAAAAAGACAACCAACGGCCGACUGCCGGUGAAGUGGAUGGCACCGGCUUUGUUUGACCGGAUCUACACCCACCAGAGUGACGUGUGGUCUUUUGGGGUGCUCCUGUGGGAAAUCUUCACUCUGGGCGGCUCCCCAUACCCUGGCGUCCCUGUGGAGGAGCUUUUCAAGCUGUUGAAGGAGGGUCAUCGGAUGGACAAGCCCAGUAACUGCACCCAUGAACUAUACAUGAUGAUGCGAGACUGUUGGCACGCGGUACCCUCCCAGAGACCUACCUUCAAGCAGCUGGUGGAAGACCUGGACCGCAUUGUGGCCUUGACCUCCAACCAGGAGUAUCUGGACCUGUCGAUGCCCCUGGACCAGUACUCCCCCAGCUUCCCUGACACCCGCAGCUCUACCUGCUCCUCUGGGGAAGAUUCCGUCUUCUCUCACGAACCCUUGCCCGAGGAGCCCUGCCUGCCCCGACACCCACCCCAGCUUGCCAACGGCGGACUCAAACGGCGCUGACCGGCACCCUGGCACCCCUCCCCAAACUCCAUCCUUAGCUGUGACCCCUCCCCGCUCCUGCUGGACUCCGCCCCACCCCGCCCCUUCCUGCUGGCAGGAGCCAGCUGCCUACCUGGGGCCUUCACCCCCAGUUCCCUUCUCCACCUCCCCCUCCUCUCAGCCUGCUGGUGCAACAGAGGAACAGGGAGGCAGGUACUUGCUGACGGCCACUUUGUUCUCUCCCAGUGUUGGACCAAGACCCCCUCCCCCUCACCGGGCACUGCCUGGAGGGGUGGGAAGUGGGGGAUGAGCAGCACUCGAGCGACUGAGCUUUCCGGUGUUGGUUUUGUCUGCUCCAUGCAGCCUGUCCACCCGGGUUCUGGUGGCAGGUCCUUGGGCUACAGCAGUGGUUGGGGGCGGGGUCAGUGCUUGGGCCUCUGCGCCAGAUGGAUGGUGCCAAGGGCUUCUUAAUUCCAAUACUAAUGUGCUUUGCUGACCAAAUACCUGGUACCAGAGGAUGGAGUUGCAGAGGCUGGAAGCAGUGUGGUGGCCCUGGGGCCCAGCCCCAAACCAGGGGCUUUGUACAUAGCUACGAAGAAAACACAAAGUGUAUAAAUCUGAGUAUAUAUUUACAU